UCCAAGAUUAACCCUCAUGAGCGAGCCAUCUACGCAGCUCUCUCGGGAAACCUCUCUGCCCUGCUUAAAGCUCUCAAGUCGGAGUGCUGGGACGACGUCCUGUGGGCCCACUGCUGUGCCAUGGUAGAAUCCCGUGUCGACGCCUGCGUUCGCAGCCUUCUCAACUGUGGUCCUCGCACAGACACAAUGUCCCUGCUUGGCGAACCCCAUCCGGCCUGGGGCUCAGAAGCCGGUCUCGGCCUUCCGGACUCUGCUUGGUCAUACGGCUCAUGGUCCUUGCUGGAAUGCUUCACAAAAACUGAAACGGUGCUUGGCUGGUCUCCCACUGAAUGCCUCCACAAGGCUUCUGCCAUUUCCCUCGAUGGCGACUGCCAAACUAGUUUGGUGCAGUCAACCACAAAGGCCUCCGCUAUGGCGGCCUUUCUUGGUCGCAGCUCAGCCACUGCCCUGGAGUCGUCACGGUCUUCACCAUUUUCUGACGCCUUGCUCUUAAAGGCACUCUUCUAUGCCACUUGUCGUGGACUAGCUCUCGGGGAAUUUUCCGAUUUACUGGACGCAAUGAGUUCACUUGUUCCCCUGCUGGUUCCGCAACCUAUCCAGCAAAUUCUGCGAUUCCAAAUCACUUAUGCAAACUCAGCUGCGCUGGGCGAUUCCGUUACUUUGAAUCCAUUGCAUUGUCACAUUCUACGGUUCAUGGCCCACCUUGUCAUCUGUCUGCAACACCUCGAGUCCGAACUUCCAGACAGUCACUGUACGCGCGUAUUAGAAGCCUACAUUGCAACUCUAAUUGCCGAGCAUAGACUUCCGCUUAUUGCUCCUUACACUGCCUGUCUCUCCUCCCCGGCACUUCAGACCCAGUGGUACGCUGCGUUCCUAUCAGGUAAGGCUGUGCCGCCUAUUCCGUGGAGUACCUGCCUUUGUGUUUUCAGUAAUCUUAAUUUCCCCCUCCCCUCCGGCUCAAUGAUGAAUCGGAAUAACUAA